AUGAUAAUAAUUGAUUUAUUAAUAAUUUUAAUUGGUUUAUUAGUUUUAAUUUUAGGGGUAUUAAUUGGUGUUGCUUUUUUAGUAUUAUUAGAACGAAAAGUUUUAGGUUAUAUUCAAAUUCGAAAAGGUCCUAAUAAGAUUGGAUUUUUAGGGCUUUUCCAACCUUUUUCUGAUGCUAUUAAAUUAUUUACUAAAGAAACUACAUAUCCUAAUUUUUCUAAUUAUUAUUGUUAUUAUUUUUCUCCUGUAAUUAGAUUUAUUUUAUCUUUAUUUAUUUGAAUAUUAAUUCCUUAUUAUUUUAAUAUAAUUAGAUUUAAUUUGGGUAUUUUAUUUUUUUUAUGUUGUGUUAGAAUAGGGGUUUAUACGGUAAUAAUUGCUGGUUGAUCUUCUAAUUCAAAUUAUGCAUUAUUAGGUGGGUUACGUGCUGUUGCUCAAACUAUUUCUUAUGAAGUAAGAAUAGCUUUAAUUUUAAUAUCUAGAAUUAUUAUAAUUAUGGAUUUUAAUUUAAUAAUAUUUUAUUUUUAUCAAAAAAUAGUUUGAAUAAUAUUUUUAAUAAUUCCUUUAUCUUUAAGAUGAAUUUCUUCAAUAUUAGCUGAAACUAAUCGUACUCCUUUUGAUUUUGCUGAAGGUGAAAGAGAAUUAGUUUCAGGAUUUAAUAUUGAAUAUAGAAGAGGGGGAUUUGCUUUAAUUUUUUUAGCUGAAUAUUCAAGAAUUUUAUUUAUAAGAUUUUUAUUUGUAAUUAUUUAUAUAGGAGGUUAUAGAUUGAGAUUAAUUUUUUAUUUAAAAUUAACAUUUAUAUCUUUUUUAUUUAUUUGAGUCCGAGGUACACUACCUCGUUAUCGUUAUGAUAAGUUAAUAUAUUUAGCUUGAAAGAGAUAUUUACCUGUUUCAUUAAAUUUUUUAUUAUUUUUUUUAGGUUUUAAAAUUUUUUUUUAA